UUUUAUUAAAGUUCUUUAUAACAUGCACUUAAACUAAAAUGGUAAGUUUAUUAAUAAUUCUCGAUGGAAAUUUUCGCACCGAAGUCUAUGAGUGUUCUUAAUUUUAUUUUCAUAUUUAUGAUAAAUGGUUAUUUAAUAUUAGCGUGCAAUGUGGGACCUGACAGUCCUUUCGGUUCUCAUUUAAUGUCUAAAACUACGUUGAUGGACGUUACUACUGAUAAAUAUGGAGAAGACCAAAGUAAUGGAUUUUAUGACGAUCCUUUCGCUUAUAGAUUUACUGUAUCAUCUACAGACAUUGAUUUAGCAGAUUUGGAUAAUUUAGAAUGUUUUCUUACUCACAAAUAUUGUUCACAAAUUAACCAAAUAAUAUUCAGUGACAAAUUGUGUAACUGUUCUCCAGACUGUUUCGUGUAUGGAGAUUGCUGCUGGGAUUCUGUACGAGAUAAUCUUACAGAUCAUUCUUUAUAUGAAUGUGUUUCUACAAGCGAAACACAUAGUCCUUCAUACUAUAUGGUAACUUAUUGUCCUAUAUAUUGGGCUGAUAAUGAAACAAGAUGUCUGUGUGAAAAGACAACUUCGUACCACAAUGAUCCUUUAUUGCACGUGCCAGUUACUAGUACAUCUACUUUGACCGUUUAUAGAAACAUAUUUUGCGCAAUAUGUAAUAAUAUUAUUGAUAUAUUACCUUGGACUCCACACGAAAUCUGUAAUAACGGUAAUCACUCAUAUUUAGUGGAAUUUGAUCCACCUAAAUCAUUGCCAUCCCCGAAAACAUGUGAAUGGCGUGGAAUUUUCGAAUGUCACAAUGUUACUUUUCGACAAAAAUGUGUUACAUAUUAUGCACCAGUGCAACGUAAGAAUAAAAAAGGUAUCGAGUAUAUUUAUAAAAAUAAAUUUUGUGCAUUUUGUUCGGGUCUAAAAGCGCAUCAACUGGAGUGUACUACGUUGGAUGGAAUUGAAAACUCGGGUCAGACUGUAACCUCAAACGAAACUGAACUCAUACACAGUCGAAGUAAAAAGAAAAAGCAAUCUUUGGCAAUCUUAUUAGAUUUAGAUUUUAGUAAGGGUGGUGUCAUCGUUGGUACAGAAGAAAGAUGCCCUACUGGACAAGUAUAUGAUCCUUGGAAAAAAAAAUGUAGAAUCAUUCAAUGUGGUAAAUUGUUUUAUUAUAGAAAUGGAAUAUGUGUUAAAAAAGAAACAUUUACAAGAAAUGCUUUUAAUAAUUUACAAGUUUCUUACAAUAAUUUUCUAAAUUCUACUUGUUCGAAGAUAUCAAUCGAUGCCGAUAAAUUUUCCAUACACGAAAAUGGGACAAUAGUUAUAAACAAAGAUGGAUUAAUCAUAACUCCAGGAAAUUAUGAAAUGUUACCUAACUCCACCAUCCUGAUAUGUGCACCACAAGUUAACAGUGCUCGGAAGUUUUCUCAAGUGCAAAGUUAUUUAACUACUGCAUGCCUAUCAAUUUCAAUAUUUUGUUUAAUAAUAAAAUUAUUACUAUUUAUAUUUCUAUCAGAAUAUAAAAAACUGCCAAUGAUUAUAGUAUUUUAUCUAUCAUUAUCAUUACUUUUAGCUCAGCUGUUGUUUCUAGUAGGAACUAUUGGUCCCAGUAAUUAUUUUUGCAUAGGAAUAGCAAUAUUUAUGCAUUAUUUCUACUUGGCGUCAGUCUUCUGUACCAAUGCUCUUGCGUUUGAUAUCUGGAAAACUUUUACCAAUAUGAAACAUUUAUCUUUAAAAAUUCGUAAAACACAUCUUAUUUACAGUAUUUUAUAUUGCUGGGGAUUACCUAUGAUAAUUGUUAUAAUUUCUAUCAUUUGUGAAUGGGCAUUUCACUCAACGUUUAGUCCUCAAUAUGGUUCCUGUCAUUGUUGGAUAUGCAAUCGUUAUGCACUCUUAAUAUUCUUUGCUGUGCCAUUAGGAUUAGUUUUGAUUAUAAAUAUAAUAUUCUACACAAUUACUGCAAAAUCAAUUUAUAAAACUUCGAAAUCUUCAAAAAUUGCAAGAAAAAAUGCAAAAAAUAAAAAUUAUGUUAGAUUCUUUCUUUAUAUAAAAAUUGCAUUAAUAAUGGGUUUUACUUGGAUUUUUGGCUUUAUCUCUGCUUAUUCUAACAUGGUAUGGUUAUGGAAUUUUUUUAUUAUACUUAAUGGUCUUCAGGGAGUUUUUAUAUUGUUGGCAUUUACUCGUAUUGCUAUUUUGAAGCAAUUAAUAAAUAAAAUUUCCAGUAGAAAAAAUUUUGAAAAUAAUUCUUUAAUGUUAACUUCUUCGAGUAAUUAAUUUUUUAAUAAAGGCAUCAGCUUGUUGUUCUGGAUAUCUAGGUUGGAAUACAAAUUGGUAACGUCAAUAAUUUUUCAUGAGUGUCUGUUCUGGAUAUUUUCGACCUUGUCCCUUACCAUCAGCCGUUUUCAUUUUUAUCAAAUAAGAUUAUAAUAAGCGGAGUCUUCUGUAUUAUCAGUUUGGAGCUCACCUAAACUAAUAACAAUUACAGACUAUUAAUAUUAAGUAAAAUAAAUAAGAUUAGUCAAUAGGAGUCUUAUACUUAAUAACCAAUUUCAUUAAAUUACGUAACAAACUUGUAUUUACUUAAUUCAUUUGAAUAAAAAUAAUAGUUAGUAUUACAUAUAGGCCUACAUACAUACAUACUAACUAUUAUUAGUAUAUAUAUAUAUUAUAUAUAGGCUAUAUAUAUAUAUAUGAAGGCAUACAUUCACUAAAGUAAUCAAUGAAUCUGUACUACAAUGCUCAUAAGUUCUCGAUUUUCGGCUUGCCUCCAAAAAUUGAUCGCUGAAUGUGAAAUUCCUCGGACAAAACUGUUACUUUAACGAUGAUUGCAACUGCCUAAUCUUGCGGCAUAGAACAAAGCUUUUUCAAAUGUUCUUUCAUUUUGAAAUGCAGACUAUGAAGUGUAAAUGCAAGAAGAACGACGCUUUAUGCACUUCUAAAUGUCAUAACUCUUCGAAUUGCUGCAAUAAAUAAAAAAGUUAAUUAAAAAGUUUUUUUCGUUUUAUUUUAAAUUUGCUUUUCACAACUUUAGCCCGUAAAAGUUAACAAACAAACAAACACAUUCGACAGAGUAUACAAUCACUAGUGAAUGUGGAUUUCUUAUUUGAAAAUGAACGAUUUGAACGAUUACAUUUACUAGUAAUAAAUCAUAUUCACUGUAUAAUCCACUUUCAGUGUAACAUAUAUAACCACUACGGUUGCAAUCGUUUUCCAUUGAAGUGUAUUGUCUUCCCGUCUUCCUUGUGAAUAGGGAAAGCGUAACAGUGAGAUAUAGGCCUAUAUCUCACUAUAUCCUCCUAUAUAUAUAUAUUUUUUAAUUAUAUUUUAUUUCUAUACUGAAAAAUGCUGACAUGACGGAUAGAAGACGACUUGAUUUCUUCAAAUUUUUAAUUAAAAAAAAAUACUGCCAGACAUUAAUUAAUUAAUUUAAAAUAUACUUAUUCAAUCUAAUAUUGUGCAUUUCAUUGGCAUCAACACGACCGAAUAAGAAACAAUUCGAAUAAUUUUUGCGAGAGCAACAUAUUAAUCAGUGCAUAAUAAUUAAUUAAUCAUUCCGUUACAUUGGGAUUCAUCCCCUCUUUUCUGCUUAAGAAUUGUAUUUUUUGCCACGCAAUACGUUGAAGGUUAAAUCCAUCCGAUCAUUCGUGCAAUUUGUUCAUUAUUUUUCUAUCUCGAAUACUUCUGUGAAAAUUCGCAAAUAGUUUUCCACAAAGUGUUUUUGUAUUCGUGAUACACAUAUGUUCAUUUGGGAAAUCUCUCCCAACAUUCUGUCACGUAGUUUAGCGGAGAGAUACAUAAUAUAAUUUAAAUUUUUCCUGUCUUUUGUAAGCUAAAGAAAUUUCUAUUAGAAUUAAUAUCAAAGUAAUGUAACUAUAGUAUUUUAAUAAAUCAUUAGUUUAAAUUUUGCAUUUUUAUAAUAUUUUGAUCUAAACAUGAACUUCUAUAGAAUAUAUUAAGUGGAUCUUAAAUAGAGACGUGACAAAUAAAGCAAAAAGCUUGUAAUAUUUAUUAUUAAAAUUUACAGGGCUAUAGUAAAGAAUAGUAUAGCGUCUUUUCUCAUUUAAUAUGUUGCUUUGCUAAUCAAUAUGAUAAAAAAGAAAGGUCGCUGUGAACUUUCCUAAUAUUAUAAAAACUAGAAAAUGUAUCAACAAAAAGUUUAAUAAUAUACUACAGAGUGAUUCAAAAGUCUCCAUACGUGGACAUUCCUUUUUUAUGCAUUUAUCAAUAAGUCAUAGAAUAUGAUAGGUUAUAUUUGAGCACCAUUUACCUAAAUGCACGUAUAGAUGCUUUCCACCAAUAUUAUGGCGAACACAUAUUACUACAACUGAUGUUAUGCAUACACAUAAAUGUUUGCUUGGUCUGUAUAUGUAGUCCAUAUUUAAUAUCUUUCAGGUGUUUUGUAUGAAUAACUAUGAAAUUUUAAUAUUAUAAUGUAAAAAGUAAUUUUUUUUUAUCAUUAGCGCAUAGUGUUAAAACAUGCACAGUCAUAGGCCCUGUCUAUAGAAUGUAACUUGUAAAACCAAAAAUAAAAUAGAAUUAAGAUAUAAUUUAGUCCACACAGUGAAAGAGUAGACAAGAGUGAGUCUGAGCUGGAAGGAUCUACGUCAGAUAAAAGGGAUGGAAAGAGACGUGGGAGUUGACACACGGAUCACAGUAAUAAAAUUUGUAAAAAAAAAAAAACAGUAAAAUUAUCUAAAAUACAAAUAAAAGCGUUUUAAAAAUGUAAAAAUAAACCAGCUGAAAGAGAUCUGAUUCAUAUAUCAAUUUUCACAUCUCCUUCCACCCCUUUCAUCUGACAUAAAUCCUUUCAGCUCAAACUGACUCUUGACCUUCGCUGCGCGGACUAUAAUUGUUUAUUAUAUACAAAAUACAAUAUAUUUCUAGUGAAAUAUAUACAUAUUCUACAGUUAUAUACAAGUGUAAUAAUAAUGUAAUUAAAAAAUAAAACAGUUAUUCAUUGAAUAUAAGCAUGCAUGUAAUCUUACUUCUAUUUAUAAGACCAAAUAUAAACAUAGUUUAUUGUAGAUCUAGUUUUUCUGUAAUAUUUACAAAUUUUACGAAUUGUGCUUUAUGCAGAAUCGUCUUCAUAUUUUGUUGGUUCCUGUGUAAAAUGUGAAUGUAGGGCUUUUUCAACACCGAGGGCUGAAGACCGAGCAUUAAUCAAGCACGAGUUGACCUAUCCUGGAAGUCCUACUAAGCGCGAUGGGGUUCUUAGUAGGACGAAUGCAAAAGUCGUACACCCAUGAAGUCGGUUCUGGUUUUGAUAAAUAUCUGGCAUGAAGCUAUAUAUCUAUUUAUAUUUUAUGUAAUUUCAUUAUAAUUUUUGGUUUAUUAUUUUAAGCUAGAAUUUAAAAAUUGCCAUGUAUUA